UUAUGGAACCUGUGGGAGCCAUAUUGUCUGAAGGGGAAUGGAGUUCCUUGAGUGGAACAUGUUCUACUGAGGAAGCUGAUUUCAUGGCACAGUUGUUUGGUAACUGUCCAAAUGAGCUACCUAACAGUUCUAACAUUCGACUUCCCAAUUUUUGGACAAGUCAUGAUCAAUCAAGCAUGAAUGUAGGAGGAUUAACUAACCAGGUUCCAAUGUAUAAUUCUUUAGACGAGACUAAAAAUACUAUGUACGGUUUUUCACAAGGAAGUAGUGAUAAUAGUGGUGGUAGUGGCAUUCAUUUUCCCCAUUUUCACGCGACGUUGCUGACAAAUGAUAGUGUUAAAGAUAAAAUGAGUUACCCUUCUCAUCAGGUGGCUCCUAACAAUGUAAUCGAGGCGGAUGCAAUUGACUUUUUGAACAAAGAAGUAUGCAAUGAAAGCAUAGAAUCAGGUGAAAAUAUGCCUGAAUCUGAUCUUCAUGGAAAAGGCUUGCAGCUAGGAAGAGAAUAUGAUCAAAUGCAAGUUCGCGAACAAGAUCAUAAAAUGGACAGUUCAUCAGAGAGCUCUAAGAAAAGAUCGCGGUUGCCUGUUAAUGAUGUGCCGAAGAACAAGAGAAGCGUAAAGCCAAAGAAGAAUAUGAAGAGUAAUGCUGAUGAUGAGAUUGGAAAUAAGGAAAACCAUAGUAAUGUGCUUCACAGGCAGAGCUCAUUUAGUUGCUGCUCUGAAGAUGAAUCUAAUGUUUCUAAUUAUGAGUUAUAUGGAUUGGCUUCGAGCGAUAACUCAAAAGGAGUUUCUGCUCCCCUCAACUCAAAUGGUAAAUCCAGAGCCAGUAGGGGCUCAGCAACUGAUCCCCAGAGUCUAUAUGCAAGGAAAAGAAGAGAAAGAAUUAAUGAGAGAUUGAGGAUCUUGCAAAGUCUCGUCCCUAACGGAACAAAGGUUGAUAUUAGCACUAUGCUUGAAGAGGCAGUCCAGUAUGUCAAAUUUUUGCAACUCCAAAUCAAGCUCUUGAGCUCUGAUGAUCUAUGGAUGUAUUCUCCCAUUGCAUACAACGGAAUGGACCUUGGACUUGACCUGAAGAUUGGCACUCCAAAUUCAUAAAUUUAAACUAAAGCUCAAGGCAUGGUUGUGGUAUAUUAGUGGAUUGAGAGCAUUAUCAUACACGUACGCGAUGGCAAAUUAUUGCCACUUUUAUAAUUUGCUAUUUAACCCUUAACUAAAACACUUUGGCUAUUAUUCUGUUAUCCAUGACUUACUAAUCAUUCUAAUAAUCAAAGAUUUAAGUGUAAUAAUUUUCUCUCUGGCUGCCACCACAACAUGAUGGAGGUUUAGGUGUUCUAUUUGUUCAGCAUUGUCUCAUAAUGUUGGGGUUAUGAAACAACAACAACAACAAACCUAGUAGUGGGGUCUGGGGAGGGUAAAAUGUACGUAUUCUUACCCCUAUCCCUAUCUCCGGAAGGGCAGAGAGGUUGUUAUCAGAAAAAUGGUUUAAGUUAUAUACAUUGUCAAGAUAAAGAAUGUCUACACGAUAUAUCAAUGUAAUUUAAUGUAU